AUGACAAACAAAAAAACAAAUUUAAGUGAUUGUGUAAGGAACAAUAUUGUUCAGUUUAUUUUAAGCCACUACAAGGAAGGCUCUUUGAAGUUGGGUACACUUACAAAGGCAGCAACACAAUUUGGAGUUCACAGAAGAACCAUCACCACAAUUUGGACUCAAGCUAAAGAACAAAUGGAGAUGGGGUUGCCAGUUUACCUCACUAAUCAAAAGCAAGGUUUAGUAAGGCAAAAACACAAACUGUUUGACCCUGAGUUGUUCAAAACAAUCAUGUUGAAAAGAAGAUCAACCAUUAGAAGGGCUGCACAAGCCCUAGGUGUUGGGAAAUCAACAUUUUGGAGGUGGAAACAGGCAAAACAGAUCAGAACACACAGUAAUGCAAUUAAAAUCUCACUUACCAGUGCACAGAAGUUAUUGAGACUACAAUUCUGCCUGCAGUCUAUAGCAGUUGACACAACAAUCAAUAAGUUCAGAUUUAAAUCCAUGGCACACAUUGUCCACAUAGAUGAGAAGUGGUUUUAUCUUACAAAGACUGCCCAGAAUUUCUACUUAUCACCUGAUGAACCAGACCCUUACAUGUCAUGUCAAAACAAGAAUUAUAUCAUAAAGGUGAUGUUUUUAUGUGCUGUGUGUAGGACAAUCUAUGAUUCACAAGGUUUAUGUAUUUUUUAUGGAAAAAUAGGGAUGUAUCCCUUCAUUGAACAAGUUCCAGCCCAGAGGUCAAGUGUUAAUAGGGCAGCAGGGACAUUGGAGACUAAAGCAAUUACCUCUAUUACAAGAGAAGUUAUGAAGGACUAUAUGAUCUGUUAG